AUAAUUCAAUUUCUAAUUUCUAAUCAAUCGUAUUAUUUCAAAUAAUUAUUGCUUUUUAGAUCCAUUUGAUGAAUAACUGAGAAACUCUGAAGCCUUCUACUCUGUGAUUAUACCACGUUCAAUAAGUUACGUUCAAGCUUAUUUCAGCAGCAGUAUUGAUAGGACGACUUAUGCCGGUAAUGAACCGACCUUGAUUCAUGAAAAACAUAUAAUUGCUUGACGCUUGUUAAAUUAAAUGUUUCAAAAAUUAAUAAUGACUGGAUUCAUGAAGCUGAAGAUGAUGGUGAUUGUGUUUCAAUAGUUUCGUCGUUAGAUCAUCACGUGGUACCUAGUUUAUCUAAAAUUCGUCGUUGUUCGUCGUGCCCCAAUUUUUUUUGCCUCUAUACGUACUAGUUAGUUACUCAACAUCAGUAAAAUCUUGUGUGAUUCAGUUUUUACUAUCCUACGAUGGGUCAUUGAAGUCACAAUGAAAAACCAUACGUCGAGAAACCGAGAUAUUUAGUGCCUUAAGAAAAAUCAAAUUGGAAUCCUUUAGUUACGUUUGGUUGUUCAUAGCCAUCUGACAAACAAAUCUCCGAGGAAGGAAAGCCAAGGAAAAAGUGCAACGAUUUUGUCGAUCCAGUAGUUACCAUAAUUAUUCUUGUUGAAUUGUGCAGCUGCAACUCUCAGUGUUCAACUGUGAAAAUGUUUUCCAUCUGCAAAGGUCACACGCAUCUGUCGAAGCAGUUAUAUUACAUCCAUAAAGGUACCACCUUAAAGAUAUUUCCCAGUCUUCAAGGUCGUAAUUACUUCUCAGAAAAAUCAUAUCAUGUGCAAGAAACCGGAGCAACUCUACUUUCUACCUCACAAGAUCAUGUUGAUUCUCCAAAGUUGGUUCAUUAUACUCAUAAUUCUAAUGUCGAACAGGGAUUCCUUAGCUUGUCAAAUAACGCUAAUUUUUCCAAAGAAUUACGUUAUGUGCACACGAAAAGUAACAAAGAGAGAAUCGCCCAUUUCAAAAGACACGCUGAUUUCUCCAAGCAGUUGAAUGCUUUAAAUAAAGAAAACUUGGCUGAGGAAAUUGGUAAUUUGGUGGAAGAAUGGCUCUUAUGUUUCGAUUCUUUAGGCAGAAUUGAGGCUAGUGGAAUUUCCGGAACGUUCAACAGUUUAUUAAAAUGUAAUAUUUUUGGUACCAAAUGGAACUCCCAACAUCGAGACAAUUUCAAAAAGUUGAUCAUUAAAUUGGCUGAGAAAGAAGACCAAUUGUUACAUCCAAAUAGUCGAACGUUUUCUAAAUUUAGCUCUUGGCAGGUUGCUAAUAGUUUGAACCCAUUAUCCAAGUGGAAUGUGUUGAAUAGCGAUGUAUGGGAAGGUAGUGUUCAAAUUAGUAACGGGAAAAAUAUAGCGAAGGUUGAUUUAUUCAGAUCUGUGAUCAGUCGUUUGAUAUGUCGAGGAACCUGGAUACUAGAAAAUGAAACAGCUGAUCAGUUUGAUUCUCAAGGUAUCAGUAAUUGUCUGAGUGCUCUAUCAAAUUGGAAUACUAACGAGUUCGAAGGAUCGAAGAAAUUCAUCGGUUGUUCAAUAAAACGAGCCAUCAAAAUUAUUGAUCAGUUCAAUUCUUCCUCCGUUUCAAACAGCUUGAUUGCUUUAUCCAGGUGGAAUACAAGCGAUUUCGAAGGUGCCGGAGAAUUCGUCCACCUGCUGUGUGAACGAGGAAAUUCGACCGAGGAAAGAUUCACUCCUCUGAAUAUCGCCAGAACCUUGAACGCAAUGUCCAAGUGGGACGACGAAGAAUUGAGAGAAGCCAAGAAGUUCGUAAUUUACUUGAUGACACAAGGAACUUUGGUGGCCAAUAAAUUCAAUUCCAUGCAGAUCGCGCUAAGUUUGAACGCUCUGUCCAAGUGGAACGUCGAGGAGAUGCGAGAAGCUAGAGGUUUUAUUGUUUCGUUAAUCAAAAAUGGAAACUCUAUCAUCGAUACAUUUACUUGCCAAAAUAUCGCCAAUAGUUUGAAUGCGUUUAGCAAAUGGAAUAUUGAUGAAUUACCGGGAUCCAAAGAGUUCAUCGUUCGGUUAAUAAAAAGAGGAAGCUCAACAACCAGUGGUUUCAAUCCUCAAGAGAUUGCCAAUAGUUUGAACGCGUUGUCUAAAUGGAAUAUUCACGACUUGAAAGGAAGUAAACAGUUCAUCGUGCAAUUGGUCAGAUGUGGAAUUCUAACAGCUGAUACAUUCGACGCAUUGAGUAUUUCUAGCUCCUUAAAUGCUCUUUGUAAAUGGGACAUCUACGAAUUAGAAAGAACCAAGGAAUUCAUUACUCGAUUAAUAAAACGCGGUCGUUUGUUAAUCAAUAGAUUUAACUCACAGUGUAUUGCCAACAGCUUGAACGCUCUCAGCAAAUGGAAUAUCGAUGAAUUCGAAGGAGCCAACGAGUUUAUCAUGGAGCUGCUGAAGCAAGGAAAUUUCUCAGUUGACAGAUUCAAUGCUCAAGAUACCGCAAAUAUCUUGAAUGCUCUGUCAAAGUGGGAAAUUGACGAGUUCAAAGGAACUAGAGAAUUCAUCGUUCGUUUAAUUAAACGUGAGAAUUCAAAGUCCACUAGAUUCGAUUGCCAGAAUGUUAGUAAUUGCUUAAAUGCUCUUUCUAAGUGGAACGUCGUGGAAUUGGAGGGAGCUGAGGAAUUUAUUGCAAAACUAGUCCAGCAAGGCAAUUCAGUUUCUGGUAAAUUCGAUUCUCAAAACGUCGUUAAUAGCUUGAAUGCCCUAUGCAAGUGGAAUAUUGUUGGAAUACGAGCAGGUCGAGAUUUUAUCGUAAAUGCUGUAACUCGUGGAAGUGCUAUUGCCGAUGAAUUUACUCCUCAAGAAAUUUCCAGCGGUUUAUACUCUGUUUGUAAAUUGAACAUUUUUGAUGACAAGAAAUGGAAUGAUAAUCAGUUGCAUACCUUCAAAUGUUUCAUUAUCAAACUUGCAAAAAAAGGCACUGAAAUAUGCAGCGAGUUUGAAUCUAGAAGCGUCGCCGAAAUAUUCUAUUCUUUAUCGAUACUGAAAAUUCCGAGUAAAGAAAAAUGGUCGCUAGAUGAACGAAACUCGUUAAAGAAUUUCCUUGUCAGUCUUGUUAGUCUAGAUGCUUCGUGUAAAAAUUACACUCUCAUGGCGAUUUCAACAAUAUAUAGAACGAUAUCUGAUUGGAAUAUUCUUCAAAAUAAUGAAUUUGACUCGAAACAGGGUAAGAAGUUCAGAGAUUUCAUUAAUAAUCUGGAAAAUCGACUUCGUACCCUUGGAAAUGAACAGAAUUGGAAGGAACCCGACGUUAAUAUCAAAUUUGCCGUUCGAAUCAUCAAAGAUUUACCUGAGCUCAAAUCUAAAAACCUUAUUCUGUCUGAAAAACCGUUACUAGUUUCGUUGAUGAGUUGCUUAAGUAGUAAUUUGGAGAAAUGUAGAUCUUCUCACUUGAAGAAAGAUUUGAUUGAAAACGGUAUUUUGACUGGGUUGCAUGAUCUUUUAAAAAUUGUCAGUGAACUGGAAGAUAAACAUGGUUUGGAAGGAGCAUUUGAUGAGAGUUUGUCUAAAAUAUACAACGAGGUGGUUGGAAUUGAUUUGAAUCAUAUUGAUGAAAUAAAAGCUGUAAUUUAUGAAUUUGAUAAUUUACAUGUAAUUCGAGAUAAGCAGUUUUUGUCUACGUAAAUUAUCGGUUUUAAGCUAUGAUAAUUUAGGUUUGAAAAUUUCUUCUGUAAAACGUGUUAUUUUUUGAUUUCAGAGAAAUUGGUAUUUAAAAUUAUCGUACUUAUCAAACAGAUCUGAAAUGUACCUACAAAUUACAAAAAUGAGGUAUUUUUUCUGUUGUUCGAAUUUAUUUUAAUUACUUAUCUGUGAUUUAUUUUUGUAGUAUACUUUGUAAGUAUUCAAGUUUCAGAACUUCCUAUUUUGUUAUUUAUAUUUUUCAGAUGUAAUUUUCAAUAAAUUGAUUGAAAUUGGAACCAUUUGUUUUUUUUCCAUUUGGAAGAAAGUUUUCAUUCAACGUCUGUCUUAAAGGAUAUAUUUUUUGCAUCGAGAGAAGUAUCCCCCAUCUUGCAUGACAAUUUUUGACCCAGACCAAAAGCCAGAGAGCAUGCAAAAUUUAGUUUCCUCCCAAGAACUCUCAAAAAAAACAUCAACUUCAGGUAAGUCACUUUUGAAUCGUAGAAACACAAUUUCUAUACAAUAAAUUUCAGCAAAGCAAAAAAUAUCCGCAGAAUAGGUUUCGUAAUUUGUAAUUUUAUUCGAUAAAAAUUUUUAAUCAUAUAUCUACACAGAGAUGAAAAUAAUAAGAACAAGUAAAUAUCUACAUUAAAUUUUAAAAUACACAUAUGUAAGUUUUCAUUUAAUUUUUGAAUCUUAAAAUAUAGCGUCUCACUUUGUAAAAAUUACCAUCUAAAUUGGUCCUACGUAAUCGAAUGUUUUACCUUAGGAAAAAAAGAAAAAAAAAGAGAAAAGAAACAAGACAAAACAAGGAGGAAAACAAAAAAAUAAAUAAAUAAUAAAUAGCAUCAUUAAUCACUGAUUAAAAGGAACAUAGCUUAACACAUGCAUUCGUAGCAAUUUACGACGAAUAUAUACAUACAAAAAGAAAGAAAAAAGAAAAAGAAAAAAAAUACAC